AUGCGCUGCCGCUGCGCUGCCGCCCUGGCGGCAGCGCUCCUCCUGGCCCUUUCCGCCUCCACCCACGCCGCUGUCGUGGCCCCCGCCACCCCCGUCACCCCUCCCCAGCUCCGCUACGACGGCCCUGAGGGCCCCGGCGUCAUCUACGCCCCCACCGACGCCUAUGCGCAGCUGGUGCGGCAGCUGACGGCGGGCCUGGCCGUCACCGCCGACGCCUUCCUCAAGGACCAGGAGCUGCCCGACGACGGCGUGGUCAUCGCCUCUGCGCCCCCAGCCAACGUGACCGUGGACCAGGUCAAGCAGGCUCUGGGGACCAUCAUGGCGGCGGUGUCGGCCGAGGCCUCGGCGCGCUCCUCCCUGGGCGACCCCGCAGUCUUCCCCUACAACGAUGGCACCGGCCGCGUCGCCCUCUACCGCUUUCCCAGGCGCCGCGCCAGGGGCACCUGCAUCUUUGUGCACGGCUGCAAGCACGACCCCCACAGCUGGUUCUACAAGAGCAAAAAGUGCCCGAGAUGCACCGGCCUGCCCGAGGAGGUGUCCCACUCCAAGCAGUGCCUGGCCCGCGGCUAUGCCGUGCUGGCACUCAUGUCCCUGGACCGCCGGUACCGCUUCCGCUGCUUCUCCAGCUCUGGUGGCCCGGGCUCAAAUGACCACCCCUCUGCCCGCGACCUGGUCACUAACUGGAUGAACACCUUCAACAUGAUGGGCAAGGCCAAGUUCAUCUUUGGCGUCUCCUCGGGCGCCUCCUUUGCCGUCAAGUUCCCCAUGACCAUGUGGAUGGACGGAGUUGUCAGCGAGGUCAACAUGCCGUGGGAGAAGGCGUGGGGUGCCACCGACGGUCGCGGCAACCUGAAAGUCAGGUUCCCGCCCACCGCCUUCUACAUGAUGCAGCGCGACGAUCAGACCAGGCGCCAGAUUGAGCAGGCCACAUACAUCCUGAACCGCAAUGGCGUGCCUGCCGAAUACGUAUAUGUCCCCGCCCGCCCUGUGCACCGCACCUGGCUGGCGCAGCGCUCAGUCUACAUCAACAAGCAGCAGUCGGCCCAGAUCUGGCAAGCGCUGGUCAAGGCCCGCGUCAUUGACCGCCGCGGCAACGUGUUGUACGACGUCCGCACCAAUCGCAAGUGGGUCAACCAGCUGCUGAAGGCCGUGCCCUGGCUGAAGCAAAACGACCCUUUCUACAACCUCGUCUCCGAUGAGAGCCAGAUCUGGCAGGAGCUCAACCUGGCUUGGGCGUGGCACGAGAUUGUGUCGGACUAUGUGCGCGCCACGCUGGCCUGGCUGGAGAACCCCCGCCGCUCAAACCUCAACGCGCUGGUGCGCAAGUACAACGUGCGGGACAACAUUGCCUGCCUCACCGAGAAGCGCGAGGGCUGCCGCGGCAGGGGGUGA